UUGAUGACCUUCUGAAAAGCGGCAAGACCUCUAUUCGGAUUAUUAAUGGUGGGUGGUCCUUUUGGGGAGGGUGGUCAUCUUGCUCUCGAGACUGUGAGCUGGGCUUCAGAACCAGGAAGCGAACAUGCACCAAUCCAGAGCCAAAAAACGGUGGCCUACCUUGCAUAGGAUCUGCAAUGGAAUAUCAGGACUGCAACCCACAUCCCUGUCCAGUGAAAGGUUCGUGGUCCUGCUGGACUCCUUGGUCUCAGUGCUCAGCAACUUGUGGAGGAGGGCACUACCAGCGCACCCGAACCUGCACCAACCCAGCGCCCUCUAAUGGGGAGGAUAUCUGCAUUGGACUGCACACUGAGGAAGCACUGUGCAACACACACUUGUGUGAAGGAGGCUGGUCCGAAUGGUCUGAAUGGAGCUUGUGUAACGAAGAUGGGAUCCAGUAUCGUAGUCGUUACUGUGAAAUCCACAAUCCAGGAUCUUCCCAAUGUGCUGGGAACAGCACACAAUACCAGGACUGCUUGUACAAUGAGAUCCCAGUAAUCCUGCCAGCCUCAAGCAUUGACGAGAGCACGAACUGUGGAGGUAGAGUACAGCUAACUAUAGAUCUUAUUUUUAUCUUAACAUGACUCCUCUUUUCUGGGAAGCAUCAACCCAACCAUUAA